CAGCGGUAAUUGUUGGCCAAGAGGAAAAAGGAUUUAUUUGUAAUCCCAGCAAUGAAAAACUGGAUAACUCUCCUUUGGAAUUAAUUGUUAGUGCCACCGAGGAGAAAAUUACCAUGCUAGAAGCAGGAGCCCAAGAAAUAAGUGAGCAAGAACUAGAAAGAGCCAUUUCUUUCGCCCACCAGGAAAUUAAAUUAUUAACCGGCUUUUUUCAGCACAUUACUAAUAGUUUAGGAGUUAAAAAGGAGAAAAAAGAGGCUAAACCAGAAGAAACUACCAACGAUAAAUGA